ACAAAAUGGUGGACGUGCCUUGACUGCAUGAUACAGAUUGGUAGAUACAACAUUUUGUUUCCUCAUGAAGGAGCUAAAUAUAAUAAACCACGUGUAAUAUUAAUGGAUUCAUAGAAAUUAUUACGCUUUAGUUUCCGCUCUUGGGAAAAUUAAAUAUUUCUUCAACCGUCGGAAAUAAAACAAAAAAGAUGGAGAAACGGCAGGAAAUACUGGCUCCGUUUUCGUCUGAUGAGUGUCCAAACAGUGGGGAGGAUAGCGAAGAAGAUGUAAUAACUGAUUAUUUGGGAUCAUCGCAUUCUGACUGCGAUCGUAUACCUCUCAUUAAUGGAGAUCUUGGUAGUCUAAGUCUACAUGGAAAUAUAAUUGCUGAGUCCAACUACACCAAAGACAAUACAGAGAAAACGGCUAUCACUAUGUCUGAAGGGACUGAUGACCAGCAGCACCACCCAUUGCUUACACUCGGCUCUAACAUUCAAACUCAGCCUAAUCCAUUGGUGCCAAUUAUUAGUGUCACACCUCAUUCGCCUAGUCUUGCUAAGAACUAUCCUGUUCUGGAGGACAACUUACAACAUUUGCAUGAAAUCCAUGAUUGCAUUCAACGUAUGAGAGAUUUGACGCUGAACAACUGGGGAUAUAAUCAUCAUGCAUCCCACAAUGAUGUACCGCAACGUUUAACUUCAUCGUGUCCUUCUCUGUGUCCUUUAAUUUCAUCUGAGAUUGCACCACGCUCGAGUAAUAAUGAUACAGGAUCUGAUCCAGAUCUCCUUGCUAACUGCUCUACCAAUAGUUCCCCUACACAUUUUCCAUCAGUAGGUCCUCGUUCACAGAAUGCACAGGGUAUAGACAGGAGACGCAGUUGGACUGAUUUGGAAGAUACUCGAUGUGGGCGCCGCAGAUAUUCUGGGCAAAAUCAUCUGCAAGCACAAAAUAUGCGACAGCGCAGUAUUAGUUUAAGUAGCCUAGACAGUGAAAUGGAAAUAGAAUUACAUGGAAAACCAUGUACCAGACCUGUAGGAGUUGGUAGUCGCGCAUGCAGAUCGCAAGCAAGCACUCACUCGCUCAAUGAAGCUGAUCUAGAACAGAGUGAAUAUCAGAAGAUAGUCUCAAAACGAUUCAAAGGUAGUCAAAGAUUAGCGGAAAAUAGUGGUUUAAUGCCUGGUGUCACAGGUUCUCGUUUACCUCUCCAGAAAUCUAUUUCUACGCCUUCAAUUGUUACACCGCAAGUUAAUGCUCAUCUAGCAGAGUCUGUAACCAGGACAACACCAUCGCUUACAGUCCGAAAUGAAAAGGGUAGUGGAAGCGAGACUGAAACCGAGGACCUUCAUCCAACAAACAGCCAUGAAUUCCACGAAGAUAGGGAAGGCACUCCAAAUGCUCAAAUAUCCCUUGAUGAAUUCCUGACUGAUGGAACAGUGUACGGCGAUCAUCAUUCAGAAAAAACUACAAGAAAACGGGGGGCUUCCAUUUUCUUUCGUAAAAAAAAGGAUAAAAGUGGUAAAAAAACUAGUCUACAGCAACAUUUAUGGGCGACAAUAAUGGCAGGAUCUCAGGGAAGUUUAUUAUGUGAUGUUUGUAUGAAACAAUCAACAAAUAAGCCACUUCUACAUUGCGACAAUUGUGGAGUAUCUGUACAUCAAAGUCAAGGGUGUAAGGAUCAACUAGUGCUAGAAUGUAUUAAAUCAAAACAUCAUUCUAGCAAAGCUGCCACCAAACCUGCAUCGAACAUAUCUACCAUUUCGAAUAGCUCUAAUGUUAAAAGAGGUUCUACCGCGUCAUUGCCUCUAGCAAGUUCAUCUGGCAGCGGAAGGGAAAUUAACAGCAAGAAAACCGUGACAAGCUACAGCCCUUGGCGGCGAGUUGCUACUAAGCUCGGAGUCAACCAAACAAUAAAUGAAGAAAAAGAUGGGGACGGACAACAUCGUGAUAUGUCCAGUGGUUGGGAGGAAUUCGAUUUUGGAGAUGAUGCUCAUCAGUUUACUGUUGCCGAUCUUGAAGGUUUAGAUCCUGAAUUGGGCCUAGCUAAAGAAGAACCUGAUUCUUGGAGUGCUGUCAUUGGGCAUAGCGUUGCUCUACGACUUGUUGAUAAUUGCGAGCGGAAAGUAAAAAGACAAGAACAUAUUUACGAAUUUGUUCUUACGGAAAAGCAUCAUUGUUUAGUACUUCUAGCUAUGGAAAGAAUUUUUGCGGAAGGCAUUCGACGUCACGUUCGUUUGAGCCAGCGGGAUGUAGAACGCAUGUUUCCACGAUUACGCGAUCUCAUCGAUAUUCAUUUACGAUUUUUGCAAAAAUUACGCAAACGACAGAACUCAAACCACGUUGUUCCUACGAUUGCUGAUAUACUCGUUGAUCAGUUCUCUAGUGAAAAUGCGCAACGUAUGAAGAGUGCCUAUGGAGAAUUCUGUAGUCGUCACAGGGACGCUGUUGAAGCUUACAAAUACCAUUUGCGUCAUGAGCCUAAAUUUGCAUCGUUCGUGCGUCAAUGCCAGUCGCAUCCUUUGCUAAAGAAGAAAGGAAUUCCUGAGUGCAUCCUGUUUGUCACCCAGCGUUUAACAAAGUAUCCAUUGUUGGUCGAACCACUUAUAAAAACGGGUAUUGUACAAGAGGAAGGUGAAGAUUUACGUAAAGCUUUAGUUCUUGUAAAAGACAUAUUAGCAGAUGUGGACGCUUGUGUAGCUGUCAAAGAAAGAGAGGCUAGAAAACUAGAGAUCUAUAACAAGAUUGAUGCAAAAUCUGUUGCAACAUAUCGUGGUGAGAAAUUCAGAAAGUCAUAUAUUAUGGAGUCUAAUAGAAUUUUGAAAUUUGAAGGUACUGCAUACUUAAUGCAAGGUCGUGGAAAAAUGACUGCCAUUGUAGUAGUUGUUCUUUCUGACAUAUUAUUUUUCUUGGCCGAAAGGGAUCAGAAGUAUGCAUUUUUUGUACCUGACAAUAAGGCUGGUAUAGUAUCACUACAAAAGUUACUAGUACGUGAAAAAGCGGGUCAAGAGUCUAGAGGAAUCUAUUUAAUAAGUAGCAAUCCAGCUGAACCUGAAAUGUUUGAGUUGAAAAUUCAGAAACCCAAAGAUAAACACUUGUGGAUUCAAGCAAUUAGAUCAGCUGUGGAAGCUUGCCCACAAGAACCUGAUAAUGAAACUGACGCACUAACUGAAAAUAAUAGUAGUAAUGAAUUGAGAGAUACACGUUCGUCUUCUAUAUCGCUCCUUUCUGCCGAGGAAAAACAACGUCUGGUUAAAACUAAAGAAUCACAUAUCCUGAAAAUAGUUGCUGAACUACGAAAGAAGGAUACUGAACAAGCACUCUUGCUUGAAGAAAAAAUCAAUCUACAAAUGCAACUUUUACAUGCAGCAAACAUUUGGAGUGGAAAUGAAUGUAGUGAGACUGAAAGAAUAGAAAAAAUUGAGAAAGAAAUUCCAGAUUAUACUAGACUGGUUCACAGUGAAGGAACUGAUACCACGCAGUUAUGGCAGGAGGUGGUUGUAACUGUUCAGGAAGCAACAAAACUUGCUAGUUCGUUGUCUUUUGGUGCAGGUGGUGCUACUCUGUCAAGAAGUUUAAGUUCUGCAGGUGAACGAUAUAGCGAGGCCUAUGUGCCGCCUGCUCUUUGUGUUCCACGAAGAGCUGAAACAUUUGCGGGUUUUGAUCAUAACAAAGAAAAAUAUCCGUUACGAGAUUCUGCUGCGAUUCAUUCCGUAAUUUCUCUACCAAAAGUCGGUGAAUUUAUGAAAGAGAGUCCAGAUGAAAAAGCAAGCCAAGAUUCAGAGACGAACAAAGAUCAACAGUGGGCAGCGAUUCGUUUGUCUCAUCACGUUUAUACGCUGUUCUGUAUAAUUAGUAAUCAAAUGACGACAAUCGAUAGCUUACAGGCUCAGUUAGCUGCGUGUAAAGAAGGAAGUAUGGGUAAAUCGAAUAAUAGACCGAAUCCGAAUCGCCAAUUAGAAGAGUUACGUAAUUUACAAGAUCAAUUAAGUCGUGAGAAAGCAGCGUUUCGAGCAGCGUCUCAGCAAGAGCAAAAGCAACUCGAGGAAGAGCGAGCCGAUUUGGCAAGGCAACGGGAACAAUUGGCAGCUGAACAGCGAGACGUAACACAGCAACGAGAUCAAUUAUAUCGACGACUUGAGGCAUUAGAGCGUCAAGGAAUGACAUUAGUUACAGGGUCCGCGCCUGGUUCUGCAACUAUACAUUUAUCCCAUAUGACUCAAGGAACUGACACAGUGCAGUCACGAAAAUCACAACCGGAUGCUAAGCGAAUACCAUUAAAUUUAAUUAGCGCUACUAAUCAGCAGAAAGUGCAAAGUAAUCUUCCAGUGAAACAGCAGCUGCCUUUAAAACUUGCUAGCGGAAGCAACAAUAAUACUAGGAGUGGAGGCACGAGUAACAAUAGUCCAGACCGACACUCGCGGACUGGAAGCAGUCCAGCAAUUGUGACUGGUUCUGCAUACUCUUCACCGGAAUUGGGCAACAGUCAUGCUAGUACAAGUCAAAUUCAUUCCUCGAACCGCUCAUUGCGAAUUACACGAUCUCCCCCGGAGUAUUCCCAUCAACAACACCAACGAACUGAACAGCAACAACCUUUGGAAGAGGAGGUAAUUUUUUUCUGACGACUCUUUCGUUUUGGUCGAAAGCAUUCUCGAUCCUCUCGUCCUGCAACUGGCGAAGCUACUCCGACAUCCACGCUAA